CCCACCCCACCCCUUGUCGCAGAUCAGCUGGCGUGCGUUGGUUGAUACCUCACCGGUGCCGACCAUGUCCGUGGAGGAGCAGGGAUACCCCGACGGGAUGCUGCUGCUGGAGGCCGGGCCGGAGUGGAUGCGGGCCGAGAUCGAGCGUCUCUCCCGGGAGCUGAGUGAGACCACGAACGAGAAGAUCCAGGCGGCGGAGUAUGGGCUGGUGGUACUGGAGGAGAAGCAGCAGCUCAAACAGCAGUACGACGACCUGGAGAUCGAGUACGAGGCCGUCAGGCAGGAGCUCGACCAGCUGAAAGAGGCCUUUGGACAAGCCUACUCCAACCACAGAAAGGUGGCAGCGGAUGGGGAGAGCCGUGAGGAGUCUCUUAUCCAGGAGUCGGCCUGUAAGGAGGCCUACUACGAGCAGAGGGUCCUGGAGCUGCAGAAUGAGCUCCGCCAGACACGCAACAUCCUCACCAAUACCCAGUCUGAGAACGAACGUCUGAACACCAUCACCCAAGAGAUGAGAGAGAACAGCCAGAUGGUGGAGCUCCAGAGGAAUCAUCUGCGUGACGACAUUAAGGAAUACAAGUUCCUGGAGGCACGUCUGCUGCAAGACUACACCGAGCUGGAGGAGGAGAACAUCUCGCUGCAGAAGCAGGUCUCAAUGCUCAAACAGAGCCAGGUUGAGUUUGAGGGUUUGAAGCAUGAGAUCCGUCGUCUAGAGGAGGACACUCAGUUCCUUAACAGCCAACUGGAAGAUGCCAUCCGGCUCAAAGAGAUUGCUGAGCGUCAGCUAAGUGAGGCCUUGGAGACCAUCAAGACUGAGCGUGAGCUGAAAGCUUCCCUGAGGAAAGAACUCUCCCACUACAUGAGCAUUGGAGACACUCUGUAUAACAGCCCUCUUAGCAUUUCUCUGGAUGGUCUCAAGUUCAGCGACGAUGCCGCCACUGAACCUAACAACGACGAGGCUCUCCAGGGAUAUGAGAAUGGCUUCACCAAACUGGCCAACGCCAUCACCUACGACAACUGCAUCUCCACAGCCAAGAAGGAAGAGCUGUUCCAUCCUGCGCCCAGCCUCGUGGACGACCUGCUGAGCGAACUUAACAUCUCAGAGAUCCAGAAGCUUAAACAGCAGCUGAUGCAGAUGGAGCGUGAGAAGGUCAACCUGCUGUCCACGCUGCAGGACUCCCAGAAACAGCUGGAACAGGCUAAUGGUGCUCUGUCAGAGCAUCAGGAGAAGGUCAACCGCCUCACAGAGAACCUCAACGCCAUCCGAAAGCUCCAGGCCAGCAAGGAGCGCCAGUCUGCCUUGGACAAUGAGAAAGAACGUGAUAGUCAUGAAGACGGAGACUACUACGAGGUGGACAUCAAUGGACCUGAGAUUCUGGAGUGCAAGUACAAGGUUGCUGUGUCUGAGGCAGGAGAGCUGAAGGAGGAACUGAAGACUCUGAAGACAGAAUACCAGGCCUGUCAGUCACGUUAUGAAGACGAGCGCACCCGUCUGGAGAACGAUGUCACAACGCUGGGAGCGAAGCUGGCAACUCUAGAGAAGACAUGUCAUUUAGAGAAAGAACAGAAAACUAAGCUAGAGAAGGAGCUGCGCAAGUUGAGCGAUGUGGCAGGCGAGUCACAGGGUAGUUUGAGUGUGGCACAGGACGAGCUGGUCACCUUUAGUGAAGAACUGGCCACCCUCUACAACCACGUCUGCAUGUGCAACAACGAGACACCCAACCGCGUCAUGCUUGACUUCUACAAAGAGGGUAAGGGUGGACGAAGCAGCCCAGAGGGCCGUGGCCGCCGCUCUCCCAUUUUGCUCACCAAGGGCCUCUUCCCGGAGCCUGGUAAGGCCGACCUAAGUGACGGAGUCCCUUCACCGGUCUCCUCUCUGCCUUCUCCCGUGUCUGACCACCGCCGCGAGCCCAUGAACAUCUACAAUCUGGUGGCCAUCAUCAGAGAUCAGAUCAAGCACCUCCAGCUGGCUGUGGACCGCACCACAGAGCUGUCCCGUCAGAGGGUGGCCUCUCUGGAGCUCGGCACCGUUGCAGACAAGGACAAGGAGGCCUGCAUGGAGGAGAUCCUCAAACUGAAAUCCCUGCUCAGCACCAAGAGGGAGCAGAUUGCAACCCUGAGGACUGUCCUCAAGGCCAACAAGCAGACAGCUGAAGUUGCUCUGGCCAAUCUGAAGAGCAAGUAUGAGAAUGAAAAGGCCAUGGUGACCGAGACCAUGAUGAAACUGAGGAAUGAGCUCAAAGCCCUGAAGGAGGACGCUGCCACCUUUUCCUCUCUCCGAGCCAUGUUCGCCACUCGUUGCGACGAGUAUGUCACUCAGCUGGAUGAAAUGCAGAGGCAGCUGGCUGCAGCAGAGGAUGAGAAGAAGACCCUUAACUCCCUGCUGCGUAUGGCUAUCCAGCAGAAACUGGCCCUGACUCAGCGUCUGGAAGACCUGGAGUUCGACCACGAGCAGACCCGCCGGGGAGGCAGUGGCCGGGCCAAGACCCGCAGCAAGGCCGCCACCGGCACCGCCAACAACCCCCACGUAAGUCAGAGUCUGACCUGCUCUGGCUCCGGCCGACCAGAGCCCAACAAUGCCAUGCCCAAUGGCAUUCUGGGAGGCCCUGUGGUCUUUUGCAGCGAGAAGUACAAGAUCUACUGCGACUGAGGCGGCUGAGAAGUGCGCAAGGGACUGCUGUGUACAGAGGGGAGGGGUACCUAUGGGCCAAACCCUCCCUGCCUUAGUGUUAAAGAGCCCCACUUGCUCGCUUAGCUCCCUGGCCAGCCUGCGCUCCUCUAGGGACUGCUGUGUGACUAACCAGCUGCUCGUGUGUGCUAGUGUAAACGCUUAGGGGAAUGCAGGUGUAUGUACAUUGUGCACUAGACGUUUGGACUGUAGUAGACAUAUAUGGCAUGUGGAUUAUAGGGCCCCAGUUAUGUUGGGGGUUAUGUGGAUAUUAUGGAGUGUCUAUUCUUUCCGCUGUCAUGGUGCUGUACGUAUGAUGUAAAAGGUGGCAGCUUUUGUGCUUUUUUGUUCUGGCCCCCUGAGUGUAUUACCUGGUAACAGUAACACAUUGUGGGGGUGAGGACUUGUAAAAGAGGAUGUCAACCUGACGGUCUUGUGACUAAAUAUGACAUCCUCUGGUCUUCGGCUCGUCUGUCGGCAUUGGUGCUCCUUUAAAAAAAAGCCCCCUUUCUCCCCUCUUUGUCCUGGUCCCCCAGGACUGACCUGUGUCCAGCAGCCCACUGUAUAAUCAGGUCACUCUUUAAGAAAAAGGAAAAUGAAGACAAAGGAACUUUUGAAGAAGGAACUAAAAUAUGCAAUCUCCCCCUGCUUUCUUGCUAGGGGAGCACAGUAUGAUUCUUUAUAUACAGAAAUUCAAAAAGUGGGUUGGCUGCUGGUUUGAUGAUGGAAUUGUUUGGGCAGAAAAGGAGCACCUGUGACCACAGGUGUUUAUUUCAGGAUAAUGUAUAAGCUGUGAUGCUAGCACACCAAUACAAUAGGGUCAGUAGAAUCGCAUGGCUUCGCAGCUGAAAACGCUUAUGAGCUUUUUUAACUGUUUUUCUGUUGUCAGGUGUGUGGUACAAGACAAACUCAUGUAUUGCAGGGCUCUACAUUGUAAAAAGAGGAGUUAUUUGGUGUCUGGUGAAAUACAGGAGGGCUAUUCCAUGUGACCCAUUAUGUUGCGAUGGAUUCUUUCAGAGCCAUAUUAUAAGAGAGAAAGAAAGUUUGACAAAUCGAUCUCCACACCGAAAUUAAGUGCACUUCAGCAUAGGUGCCUCAGGUUCCUACUUCUGUUAAAAUGGAUAUAAUGAUUACUGUGAACAGAGAUACAAUAUAGUUUUGAUCAAAGAUGAUUUUUUAAAUAUGGAGCAAAUCCUAGAAGAGCACAAAUCAAAAAGGCAUCCACAUGUGGAUCAUGAAUCUGCAAACGAAACCAACCGACCACUCGGCAAAAGUGCCUGUCGACCCAAACACUUGAUAUAUUUAUCUGUUGAUGUAAAGCCCUGUCCUUGUGUCUCAACUUCUCUCCUUCUCUCCUUCUCUCCUUCUCUCCCUCAUGCUCGGUCUCCCUUCUCUAUUUUUGGGAGAUCGCUCAGAGCUCUCAAGUCAUUUCUGUGUGGUUAUGUGGCUGAAAACUCUUUCCUCAUGUCUCUAAUCUGUGUCUUGUCGCUCGGUCGCCAUAACGACCUUCUCUCUUUUAGAUUGUCAGCAGCUUGCUCCCCCAGCAUCACCACUCACCCUUUAACUAGAAUGAGGAAUUGUGGGGAAAAUUGCCCUCUGAAUAUUUUUGUCAGGUAAUGUCCUCACGUACAUUGUGUUCCCGAUAUUUGCCUGUGUGUGAAUACGAGCGUGGGCCCUCAUGUUUGUAUUAUGUUCUUACCUUUUGCAAAUGGAGGGUCUCUGGUUUCUUUUGUUUUCUUUGUUCUUUGGUGUGUGAGGACAAAGCGACGUACUGUUUUUAGUAUCCACAAUAGCUUUAACCCCUCUGCAAGCUAGCAUUACGCAAAUAGGAAAAAUAUAAGUGGGGCUUGUGUUUAAUAAAUCCAUGUACUGCUUGUGGAUCAUAGACAUAUUAGCUUUAUGAUGCUAAAAGCAGGGUUGAUAUGAGGAAAUCCUGCAAGGUUCAUCAAAUGAUGCGUUUUAUACUACCACUAAGCUAUAUAUUAAACUCUAUAUUCUUAAUAUGAUCAUGUUCAGGUUAUAAUCUUGCAGGAACCUACUACAGUAUUUCUUCCUCUCAAAUAUAAAGAGAGGGAGCUUAAUUAUUCCUCUGAGAAUGGAACAACGUCAGCGGUCAACCCUGCUUGAGUAUGCAUCUAUAAGCCACAGCACACAGCAUGGAGACAAGACUAUCGUACACAUUAGGGAAAAAGAAGAAAAAAAACAACCUCCGUAGAGGUCAAUCACUCUUAAGUUUGAGAUUCACUUAACUUACAAGUGUGAUAUAUUCUGUUUCUAUCAGUUUGCGCUGACUGAGAAAAGGUUUGGGGAGUAGAGGAGGGAGAACUACUCCUCAUGUUGUAAACCAGCUCCUGAGAGAGGAGUUAAGAAAGCCAGACAUGCUGAUGAAGAAAGCCAGAUGUCUGGCUGAGAGUUGACUCUGAUACUGUGGAGAAAUGAGUCCAGGGGUUUCCUGAGGGAGAAACUCCUGGUAAAUUUUGGAGGAAAAAUAAAGAAAAACUGAAGACUGGUUGCUCAAUCAACCAGAAGACAUUGAUUCAAAUUAGUCGAGCCCCUAACCCUUCCCCUUGUAUAGGCUCUGUGGAAUCUAAGAGCAGUAGAUAGAUACCCACGAUGUGACUAGAACCCCCUCUCUCUCGAUAGAGGAUUUCCCACUUCGCUCCAUCUAGUUUGAAAUCAAUGUCUGGCUUAUCUGGUGUCAACAGCAUGCCACCUAAACAGCUCCUCCUACCUCUGCUUGCAGGCUCCUCCCACUUCACAUUUAAGUUUUACUACCCAUGAACCAUCUAGUUUCGGAUUUAUAAUAAGCCUGCAUGUCUAAAACAUAACCCAUUUGUCAUUAACUUGCAUGGCAUAUGAGAAACACCCCUCUCCUUUGACCUGGGUGGUGGGAUAUGGCUUCAACUCUGUCUUAUGAAUGAACGGUCAUGGUACUUGUGAGUCUUUGGCUUCCUAACUGCACCCGCAGGAUGAUUUGUGGUGAAUGUGCAUUCACAUCAGCUUCCUCAGAGACAUAUUGAUGAUGUCAAUAUGACAUAAAAGCUCCUGACAUAACAUUGGCUUCCUCAUGGGCUCCUAACAUGGCUUCUGUUGCUUUGACUAACUACAGCCGACCUUUGCUUUGUCUGUGUGGACUCAGCUGCUGACCAUGUUAACAGUCACUCUAAAUUGACAAAUAAUGCUAAUGCUGAUCAUAUGUUUGUUUCUUCAUUUUGCAGUAAUUACAGUAGUUCUGCGCGGAUGACGAAGUACCAUCUCAAGGUCCAUUCUCACUGCUGAUUGAGUUUCGCCGAAAAGAGUUAGCGCUUAUAGGCUAUUUGGACUUGAAGACAAACAAAAAAAAAAGCAAAAUGCUAAAUGCAAACACUGAUUUCCAGUCAAAUCAACUGACCUACUUCAUUCCUACUACUAAUAAAACGUGACGUCCGUCGGAGUGACAGUCAUAUUUGCGUGCUGCUGCUGCUGGAAGCCAAUUUCUCACAGGUCCAAUGAACUGAUUGAAAUUCUGACCAGAGUUUGUGAUUGGCUAACCCUCCAAUGAUAAGCCAGGGGACAUGGGGUUGUUUCUCAGUGUAAAUCAACAAGCUAUUUUGUCUGGUUUCAUCUUUCAUUCUUUUUCGGGGGGUUUAUUGUUUUUGUUAUUCUGUGCACUUUCAUUAUAUAGGAUUAUAACAGACUAUUAUUAACCUAUAGGAAAGCGUGGUAGUAUUAUGGUUUGUGAGUAAUUCAGUAUAGGUUAUAAGACUAUAGGAAUAUACGUCCUCCUGAAUCAUCUGAACUUAAAUAACAGAAACUAUUUACUCUCCACAAACCACAAACCUACUAUUACGACUUAAUCCUCGAGAUUUUAUCCAUCAAAUAAUCAUUUUUAAAUUGUUUUGUUACAUCAUAUGUUAUGCUGUUGGUUUUAUUUUAUGUUUGUUCGACUGCCAUGUUCUAUACAAAAAAUCCAGGGUGAUCAAAUUCUGGGGUUUUUUCAUGUAUUUAUUAUUCCUAGGAAUAGUUCAAAAUAACAAGAUGAAACUUGACAACGCUCUGACUCAAUUAGGUAAGUUGUGUUUUGGGAAAAAUUUGAGUGAUGUGAUAUGCUUUUCCUAGCUUCUUACCGAGGGCGUUCAAAUGAAGCGGGAUCACUGACUUUCAGAAUUCUCUGCAAGUGCAACAAUUAAAUUCCAAAUUGGAAUUGUUUCAUUCUCUCUUCGUUUAUCGUGCCAAAUCUUGGUACACCGUUUAGGUUGAAAAGAAUCAAGACUGGGAAAUAAGACAAGCCGUCACUGAGGAAGACGUAGUUCGGGCCAUGGCUCUCCAAUGCGAGUGCCGGGGUUUUGUUUUUUGGUUUGUUUAGUUCUUUGUUUCUGACCAGUAGUGCCUUUCAUUGUUUCAAGGGAGAAUCUUAGACUAGUAUUUUAUGUUUUCCUUUUUUAUAUAUAUAUUUAGGUGAGGACUUUGGGUUCAAAAUGACUGUGAGCAGCAAUAAAUGCAAAGGGACUUUUCCCCUGUCUGCAUGAGUGAGAUAAUAGUUUUAAAAUUAGCUCAAUAAAACUGAAAUUGUAUUGAAUUCUGCAGGUCAGUGAUCUAUUCAAUAAAUUCAGGGGUAUUAAGAAAAGGUUGUUUUUUAUCAAACUUUGGGAACCAAAAGAAAUCCCUUUGGCCUCCUAUUAUUGAACAAAAUGCUCCAAGCAUCCGUAAUGUGUUGGGGUAGAUCAGUGUACUAUUGGAAACAUCUACGUAUCUCUAGCAUUGUUUGGUGAAGGUAAUGUGAUAUCAAUAGUAUUGUUGAAAAAAAUGUGCAGAGAGCGCAUUUUAUCUCUUUCUUUUUGUCCAAUUUGAGUUUUGUUUUUUAUUCUUGAAUCCUUUUUUUUACAUCAUCUUUGAGCAUUAAGUUUUCAGGAAACAGAAAACAAAUUAAGCAUCAACAAGCUUGAAUAGUGCCAUUAUAGCCAAUGCUUGUUUGUUGAGGCGUUAAAGUUACCAAUAUGGAUGAGAAGCUAAAAAAAAUAAAAGUGCAAUUCAGAUACUGUUUUACAUUUUGAAAAAAGAAAAAGUUUUCUGUUUGCUGGAAGCGAUAGCAUUGUGAUAAUAAAAUUAGCUGUGCAAACUUUAUAUUGUCAUAUUGUGUUUCAGUAUUGAUCCAUAAUGAGAAUUUGAUAUCUUUAUAUGAAAUAACAAAUUCACCUGUAUGUUGGUAUUUAUUUGAAUUGUCAUGCAGUACUGUAUUCUUAUCAAUAAUGUGCAUUAUGAUUAGUGGCAUAUUGAUUACAGCUAAAUGUCAUAUGCAUGUUUCUCAGUCAUGGGACCUUUACACAGAAUUGAAAACAAACAUGUAAACCUUUGCCAGGGUGUUACAAAAUAUGGAGAAAAAAAAGAAAAGGAAAAGACGAGCGUUAAGUCUAAUGUAUUACUGCUGAACUAAUCCUAUGAAAGUGUUUUUGUUUGUUUUCUAGUAGAGAAGAUGGUAUGUCUGUGUAAAGGUAGUCAUACUGGCUAAAAUCAAUAAAUGUGACUUAAGUUCCAA